AUGGACAAGAGUUACAGCGAUACAUCAAAACACUCGUGUCCAGGGACAAGCAGCAGAGAUGCCGGAAAACUCGAUGGAUGCAAAGAGUGCCCAAAUGCCUCGCAAUGUGCACAGCCAAGACAGCUGGACCCAGAUAUACUGUUUAUUCAGCAAAGACUGCAUGAUGUAAAGGCAGUAGUUGCAGUGAUGAGCGGAAAAGGUGGAGUUGGAAAAAGCACAAUCACCAGAAACAUAGCGGAGGCGCUUUCAUUGAUGAGUAUCAGGACAUGUGUAUUGGAUCUGGAUCUGUCGGGUCCAAACAUCCCGAAGCUUACCGGAACAAACGAUCAGGUAAUGUGUGAAGUAAACAGCUCAAUCAGGCCAAUCAGAGUCAACGAGUUCCUCAGUAUUGUCUCGAUUGCAUAUCUGGAAGAGAGUGAAGAUCAAGGAACAGUAUUCAGCUCUAACUUGAAAACAGGCAUAGUGAAAAAGCUGCUGAAGUGCUGUGAUUACAAAGAUAUAGAGGUGCUACUGAUAGAUACGCCUCCAAAUGUCACAGACGAGCAUUUGGGAAUGGUUGAGUUCAUCAAGCCACGGCAUGCAAUACUUGUAUCUACGCCACAGAGGUUUUCAUUGCAAGAUGUAGUGCGGCAGAUUGGAUUCUGCAGAAAGACAGGAAUACGAAUCAUUGGGGUCGUUGAAAACAUGAGAAGAUUUGUGUGUGCAUCGUGUAAUCAUGAGGCAGAGGUGUUCAACAGUGUUGAUGUGCAGAAGUACUGCAUAGAAUGCGGGCUUGAGUAUAUUGGAUCUAUUGGCUUGAAGCAAAGCAUUGCAAAACAGUCUGAUCUCGGAAUGCCUGUGCAGGAGGAGAUUUUCCGCAAAUUGGCAUACAUAAUUGUAUCAACGUGUCUAGAAAGCAAUCAAACAGCAAAAAGCAGUUCUUAA